CUUUUCCAAUAAAAAUAAGCAAUCAGGUUAAAUUAACCAUAACGGUAGUUAUUCGCCAGUUUAUUGUGCAUCAUAUCGAAGGAAAUUGAUAAUAGGUUAUAAAAUAGAUUUAACGUAUUGUUUGGAACAAACAAACAGAAAUCAACAGAGAUACAACGAUCGAACAAAGUCCCGGGACUAUUCCUACGACUGCUAAAGACAAUUCUUACAAAUAUGAAUGGUCUAAAUCUAGAACAUUUAUAUAACUGCACUGCAUCGAUUCUGGAGUGCAAUGUUACAUUGCUAUUAAACCUAAAUCUUAGUGAGAUACGUUAUUUUAUUGAAGACACAUUAAACAAGUCAACUAGACGUGAAAUUCUACGGCAGGCGCUUUAUGACUGCGUUCUCGUUAAUCAAGAACGUCCAUUCGAUUUGCCAUGGUGGCAAAAGCUCUUCUGGUCUUUGAUAUUUGCGGUGAUACUGCUCAUUGCAACUGGUGGCAAUAUUAUCGUUAUGUGGAUCGUACUUGCUCAUCGGCGAAUGCGAACAAUAACUAAUUAUUUCUUGGUAAAUCUUUCUAUUGCGGAUCUUAUGAUGUCAUUGCUCAACUGCGCAUUCAACUUUAUCUUCCUCCUUAACUCUAAUUGGCCCUUCGGAAUGGUGUAUUGCACUAUCAACAACUUCGUAGCACACGUGACCGUUGCUUCCAGUGUUUUUACUCUCGUCGUAAUUUCAUUUGACAGAUACAUGGCCAUUAUGUACCCUCUUAAACAUCAUAUGUCUCGCAAGAGGACAGUGAUUACUUUGAUUUUAAUCUGGGGCGUUUCAUCGGCACUAGCAACUCCGUGUCUUUUAUAUUCCACAACAUCAUUGCGCAGGUAUUCUAAUGGAACAACUAGAAUCUCUUGUUACUUAUUGUGGCCUGACGGUGGUUACUUACACAGCAAAACGGAAUAUUGCUACAAUCUUCUAUUCCUUACUGUAACGUAUCUGGUUCCCAUGUCAGUGAUGGCUGUCUGUUAUACGUGCAUGGGACGAAAAUUAUGGGGCUCGAAAUCGAUUGGUGAACUUACACAUUAUCAGAAAGAAGCGAUGAAAUCUAAACGCAAGGUUGUAAAGAUGUUCAUUAUCGUGGUGACAAUAUUUGCAGUGUGCUGGUUGCCAUAUCAGGGAUUUUUCAUUUUCGUGUAUCAUCAUCGUCAUUUUGCAGAAAGUAGUUAUGUACAACAUGUAUAUUUAAGUUUUUACUGGCUUGCUAUGUCUAACUCUAUGGUAAAUCCGAUCAUAUAUUACUGGAUGAAUAACAGAUUUCGAGUUUACUUUGAAUUGGUAAUUUGCAAAUGCUGUUGCGUGAUAGAUCGGAGAAACGUACAAACCCAUGAAACACAAGAAUUGGCAGGGUGUCAGCGUUCGGAACUAAUACCAUGUAAUUCCAGUCGUUUUAAAUCUACUUCAGUCAGAUGGCGACAAAGCGUGGCAGAAAGCCAGAUACAAACCUUUAAAAUGAAUACUCGAACAAUGUGUGAGGGACUUCAUGUUAAAGAGGAUAUUGCUAUAAUCUGAAUUUUAACUUAAGUAUAUAUUACAAAGUUUCAAAUAUCAUAUUACCAUUUUCGUGCUUUACAACGAACUUCGUUAUAAACAGUUACCAAAUGUUAUAACGCAGUUCUAAUUGCAUGUUGAAUGGCUAACAAUAAUGAGUUAUCAAG